ACCGGUGCAUGCAUGGGAUAUACAUGUACACAUACCAAUAGCUCAGUGUUGGGGGAUAUAUUUUGGACUAGUGCAUGCAUGGAAUAUAUUUUUGAUUAUCGCAUGGGAUAUAUUUGAACUAUUGGCCAUAAUGAUGUAUAUGUACAGUAGGAGUUUGUUUGGAGAACUGUAAAGCUUGAGAAAACUUCACAGGAUGAGCUCUCAUCAGAUGAGGAUGUCCCUGACAAUGAGUCCAUCGAGCCUUUGCUAGAAUCUGGAUACAGGACAGAAGCAAGUAUUGGGCGUAGCCCUGUCCCUUCUAAGCAUCAGUUUUUCCCUCAACCGUACCCUAUCUCAACCUUUGUAGAUGCCUUGGCAUUAGAUGUCUUCCCUCAGCCAUUCCAUCCUAGUCCAGACAGAGCUACCUUCCUUUCCAGAUCAAGUGCCCUCCUGCCACUUUGUCCUCGCUGCGGAUAUCACCUCAACCCUUCUCCACACCAGGUCUUCUCUUCAACUGAAAUCCUCUACCCUAAGCUCUUUGGUGCCUUUGAUCCUAUAAGCCUUCUGUCAGGGGAAGCCACCAGCACGACCAAUCUCUCAGAGAAUCUGGACGAGUUGUUCAAGAAUGAAGCAUUGAGGCUACAGCUCCAGGAUUGUGGCACGCAAACCGAAGCGGUUGAAGAACAGGAAUCAUCAAGGUUUCAUGGUCAGAAGACUUCAUGCCAUGCCUGCAUCCAGACGGACAGAGAGGUUCGUAUUCGCAAACUAGCAAGCACACAGACUGAAGACGAUGUUGAUUGGUUGUUAACUGAUAGGUCAAGGGUCACAAGAAGUGCUUCCUGUCAAGGACCAAGCACAUGCAACCAAGCAGUGUCGGCUAGCGUUGUGCUGACAGAAGCUCAAUCGCAAACGGACAAUGUCCAAGAGAGGUGUGAUGAUGUACAUAUAGACCAUGAGGUUGACCAGAACCUAGCGUGUGUGUCCCCCAAGGAGAAUGCAACCACACAAACAGACUGUCUUUCCAGAGAGGACUCGGUAGAAGCGACAACCAUUGCAACGCAAACCUUGCCAAACCCUAAUCCUGCUACCUCAGAAUCUUCUUUCACUUUUGACCUCACCAUUCCUGUGCCUUCCAACGUUCAGCCGGCCCCAAUCAAGACAUCCUCAAGUUCUUCGUCCUCUGUAUCAUCCACCACCUAUCUGGCGCCCUCUACCUUGCCUCCACACCUUAUCUGUGAAGAUUGGGAUUCAGACUUCAGCUCGGAUUCACCCUUGUUUGUCAGCGCAAGGUCUUCUCCUCUCAUCUUUGGCAAACAAGAAGGAGAACCAACCAAACCUGUUGAGACACUGAGCUUCAAACCCAUCAUUGCAAGCAGAGAUAAGAUGGAAGAGACUGCCCCGGUAUGUCUAGAUGAGAAUUCUAAUAAAGACAUUGCAAGACUCCAACCAACUGGACACAAGGAAACUUUGUUAAACCCAGAGAAAUCAACCAUGAGACAAAGAAGAUCAUUGGAAAGAGAAAGGAAAUACUCAGGAGUUAUUCAAGCAAGUAAUGGUGAGAUGGUAGACCUGACGACGGCAGACAUCGAUGUAUCAUCCAUCUCUCCAUCGGACCACGCCCUCAACGAGAAGCUCCUCUCCGAGUCAAGGAAAGUCUCAGAGAAGUUUGACAACCGGAGGGGGAGGCGGUUUUCACCCGCAAAGAAAGGAGAUGAUGUAGUAUCGGACGAUACCAGUCCUGAUUCGUCUCCAGAGCCCCUCAAAGAUGAUAUGAGUCCUAGUCUAAUCACCCAGGAAGAAAGAGUAGGAGCUGAGGGUGACUCUGAUCCUGAGGAGGAGAAAGCAAAGAGCAGGAAAGAUUCCGAUGACUUUGACGUCAAGGCUGAUUUAAUGAAAGCUAUAGGACCCAUCAAAACAGAUUCAACUCCUAAAUCGGCUUUAUCUAGCUCCAAAAUAAGACAGGAAAAGAAAACCAAGCGGCCCGUCUUCAAGCUCCACGCCCCGAUGCCGGAGCUUUCCGAGGAAGGCUCAGAAGACACCUGCCUCCUACCGAACGGCACCCUGGAAUCCCUGGAGACGGUCACAGAAUCCACAGACACGUGUAAGGUGGAGGUACCGCUGGAAUGUUCCAUUAAAGAGGAAGGGGAGGUCAAGUGGGAAGGAGGAGAGGGGGAGCCGAAGCAGAGAAAGAGCUCCAUCCUGUCGGAGACGCUGCUCAAGGCUCUUGGUUUGAAGAAGGGGGAAGGAGAUAAAAAGGCGGUGCUAACGGAGCAGGAGGUGGAAGAUAAAUACAACUCAUUAACGUUUGCUUUCAAGACGGAUCGUCUAACGCUCGAACAGAGGUACAAACUACAGCAACAUCAGAGAAACGUGAUCGAGAAGAACCUUCAAGAUGAGUUACGGGACCAUGCUGGUGUCGUUCAGUCUUUGGAAAGGAGGUGUGCGGAGGAUGAAAUUGCCAGAACAGACAUCAAUAAACUAAAGCAACACAUUGAUGUGAUUCAGUAUGCCUUGGUCAAACUUGCCAGUAAAGCGGAGGGAUUCGGUGCAGUACAACAGGAGGAUAGAUUGAGCAGAGCUUCCGACAUCAUGGUAACCUACGUCGAGAACAUCAAGAGAAGUCUUGAGAAAGAAAGAUCCGAACUCACAGAAGCAAAGAGAGUUCUACAUGAAAACAAGAUCUUACUUAGAGGAACUUCUUUUGCAAGUGAUGAUACAGACUCGGUUAGUAGAUUACGAAGAUCAUCCACGUUAACCAGUCCAGCAAUGAAGCAAUCCUUGCAUGGCAUCGUGCGUCAAAAACUCAUGCGAAAGACCCCUUCCAUCUCAGAUAUCAUCAACGAAUCAGAUGAGUCUAAGCGUAGAGCCAGUGUAGCAGCUGUGUUGGGCUUUGGAACAUCUGCUGGUGCAUCUUCCUUGGCAAAGAAUCACAAUCGUGCACAAAGUGUGCCCUUGGCUGUCAGUCUUAAGACCAUUCCAUUUUUCCAGGGGGAUGGGCGAAACCGGUUCGCCUCAUUGGCCAAUGCUGCUCUGGUUGACAGGUCUUUGACUAGUCCAUUAGCUGGGAGGGGUAGUUUAGAGACAUGUAAAGAGGGUGAGAGUGAGAAACAGGACAGCCCGAGAUUCUCAGAGGUCAACAAGAAAAAACUAAGUAUAUCCCUCUCUGGUGGCAGCCACAGUCCCGAGCUGCCGCAACUCUCUCCCAUCAAGCCGUUGACCCCGCCGGCUUCGUCACCGACGUUGAAAUCACCUUUACUCUCCUCUACUCCGGUCGUUAUCAGGGAGGACGGAGACAGGAAGAAUAACAGUGAGAGAUCGAAAACUGAAGAGGAGAUUUACCAGCAGGGAUUUGAACAAGGUGUACGGUCUCAGAUCUCCCAGGAGUUGGAUGAUCUUCGGGACCAACAGAGGGUGCUGUGCGAGAAUCUGGAAGAGAUCAUGGAAGCAGCGGAGGACGAAGAGGAGGACGACAACGAGAAGAACAGCGAGACCCAGCCUAUGCUGAAAUGGGUCAGGCAGUACUCUAAGACCAUCCCCUGGUCCAGGGCUAGCCGGAUAGGCCGCUUGGUCCUGACGGGAACUCUCUUCAUCUUAGCCAUCAUCAGCAUCAUCGGGACCAUCCUACCUCUAGAGAGGUGCAGUGGGGGUGCAACGCUGUUCUCUGCCCCGUGGGAAGAGGUGGUCCGGGUUCUAGGGCCCUAUACAAAUAUAUACCACCCGAGGCCGCCGCCUAUAUGAAUUCAAUUCUUCAUCACCAUCAACAUGUUAUUAUUGUUCCAUCAAAUUCCUAUUAAAACAUGGAGUGUACCGUCAAAGGCUUGUUCUAAUGUGGUGCUUUAAGGGACCUUGAAAAAAAAUCACACCCAUCGAUUUUGUCGCAUGUUGGAUUUCACCAAGUUUUUCCUGACCCCUGGUUCAUUUGAUGAUGCUGAAGUUGGAGGAGGAAAGGAGCAGAACUUUAUAAACUGUGGUGAAUACCGGCUAAGACUUUUUUUAGGGUUCCUAAAGUGUCAGAGAUGGUAAUUUUGUUUGUUAUCCCACCCGAGCCGCCUCUCUUACUAAUUUGUGUCUACCAACCACUGCUUCAGAUGUUCUUUCGAUGACGCCAAAAAUGGAAGAUUAAAGAGGAAAAGAUCCUGAUUGGGACUACCUCUAUACCCCUUCUGAUGGGGUGCAUCGAUGAACUUAGAUCGUCAUCACCUUUAAAAAAAAAAAUCAAACGUGAUCCGAUAAACAUAGAACGGUGAAGUGUGGCCAUCUAUAUGAAUUCAGAUCUAUCAAACCUCUAUUCAGAAUUAUGCAUUGAGAUGUUCAGCUUUUCAAAUGCUCAUUUAAAUGUUGGGCAUUGCAAUUGUUAAGAGUUGGAAACCAUUCUCUUGGUUGUUCCACUCUGCAUGAUGUGAGAAAGCUAUGAUAAUAUGAGUUUUCGAUGAAUUUUUAUUAAAUCAUUAGAUAAAUUAUCUUUGUCGUGAAUAUUGAAGAAGUCAGAUGAAUUCUAGCAUUCCAUAGAUGUAUGGACCAAAAUUUGCGUCCACUAACAAUAAAAUAUUCCCCUGUUAUUCUUGUUUUGUAAUUAAAUACAGCCGAGGUCGAUGGAAUAAGAUUUUGAUAACAUAGCAAUAGAAUAUUAUCCUGAGCCUUCCAUAUGUCUAUAAAAGAUUUAGACAUUCGUAUAAAUUUGUGUAUAAAAAUCUUUGUUUAUUUACUGUUAGCCUUACAUGUUUACAGCUACUGUGUACCUGGGGUGCAUUUCAUGAAGUGAUAUGUGAUUCGAAAAAUUGCAAGCUACUGAAAUCCCAGUUUCCGAUUGGCUGGGAGCUAAUUUGCGCAGCCAUCCCAAAACCGGUGUGUUGGCUCAGUUUGUAGAGUGUCCGUCUCACAAUCGCGAGGCCGGGAGUUCUAAUCCCGGCUGCAUCAGGCCAAAAGACAUUAAAAAAUGGGGGUUGCUGCUACCAUGUUUUGCAUUCAACAGUACAAGGAUAGAGCCUGCUCGAUCUGGCGCUGAACAGUAGCUGCCGGGCCCAUGAUUAAUUGAGCCAAACCAAUUCUUCAGAGGAUUUCUGAUUAUGUUUUGAACAAUAAAAAAUUGAUUUUCAUGUUUUUUUUUUAAUAAACCAAUAGUUGCCAGGGAAGGUUCUCUGUAAAAUAAUAAUUAGCUUUUUUAAUAUCUGAAAGAGUUAUUCUUUUUCUCGCUGUCAAAAUUAGAAGUUGUAAAGUUGACUUGAGGAUAGGAUGCUAAAGUUUCUUUGCGCCAUUUUUGCAGACCGCUGGAUGUUUCACCAAGAUCACACAGUGUGCACAUCUCAUGCUUGAGUGAACCUUAUACUUUAAACCUUUUGAGCCUCACUGAAUUUCUUCUGCAUUCAAUCAUUUAAAUAAUAAUACAUGAGAUUUGUAUAGUGCACUUUCUAUCUUGAUUAGAUGCUCAACGCGCUUCAACAACAAAAACUAUUUACUCAUAAUACAUGUCUGAACAAUAAGUCAAUGUCUAUCGAAAAGCACUCUUAUACAGGUAUGUUUUAAGGUUGCCCUUGAAGGCGGUCACUGAAGUCUGGGUUUUCAAACUCUAUGGGAGAGAAUUCCACAGGCUAGGCCCUGCCUGAGGGUUAUUGUUGAAUGAUGAUCAAUUUAAAAAAAGUUAUGUAUAAUUUUAAAGCUUGGAAUGUGCCUUGUCAAGCUCAAUAAAAAAAUAUGAAAUUAAUUUUGGGUGGCAUUUUCUUGGUUUUGGUGCAGCUUGUCACAUUUGUCAUUUGAAAAUCACUGCUAACACAUUCAUGAAAUGCUCCUCAUAGGCUUGUAUUACUAUGCGGUAAAAUUGUAAAGAAAUUGUAAAGAAACUGCAGGACUGUAUAUAAAUUACCAUUAUAGCCUUCCUAACUAGAAAUGCCUUAGAAAAUAUGUAGAUAUGUUUAGAAUUUUGUAUAAAGUGCUCAAUUUUGACAUCAUUAUGUACUUUUUCAUGUAAUUUCCAUGCAGUGCAUGGCUGGAUAAUAUUUACAGUUCCAGAUCAAUCCAUUUAGUACUAUGUGAUCAGAUAUAUAUUUUACUUGAAAAUUGAUCUUGUUAAUGUUGAUAUCGAUAUACUUUUGUGAAAUUGAAAUGAUGUGAUUAAACUCAUUCUUAAUAAUAAUAAUAGUUAUAUAUUGAAGAAUAUAUGCAAUAUCCUUGCACAUUGUAUAAGAGGGGGUAUUUAGUGGGUAGUUUUAUAUAAUUUUGUGCAUUUUUAGUUGUGCCAUAUUACAAGGAGCAUUAUGGGUGUCAAGUGCCUGCUGAUAUUACAGACAUAAAUGAUUAAUCUACAUGUAGGUUUCAUGACAUUUGCUCCUGGCGACAAUUGCUCCGAUGGAAAAUCUGCAUGUUAUAAAGCUAAACAUAAAACCUAACCUCCGAACUAUAAGCCCUAAUCAUAUUCUUUACAUUAUUCUGAACCAAAAACUCUGUUACAAUCCUAACACUGUCUUACCCUAAUCCUCUGAGAUAUUGUGACCAGAGCAAAUGUCGCAGAAGUCACAGGAGCAAAUGUCGCAGAAGCAAAAGUCUCAGGAGCAAAUGUCGUGUCACCUUAAUCUAAGACUAACAGUGCAUACCAUUUUACGGUGCUAUGUUUUUUGUAUAAAACAGGAAAGAGUUAUGGUUACAUGUUAUUCUUCUUUUUUAGUUGUUGUCAUAAUUCUUUGUUUCAGCAAAUGAUGUGUUAUGAGUGAAUACUGGAUCAUUCCAUAAUGAAAGCAUUCUUUGCCGUAUUCAGAACUUUAAAAUCUUUCAAACUUUUCAGAUAGUAAUGAUGGAUCAAAAGUUAAUGCUUUGUCACAGUUGUCUAUAUAUUUUUUCAUACAAUGGACAAAAUUGAAAUUGAAAUAAUAAUAAUAAGAAGAAUGAUGAUAAUUAUUGAUAAUGAUAGUAAGUUAGUAGCACGUCCGUCUCACUACUGGGAGGUCAGGAGUUCAAACCCUGGCCAAGUUAUCCCAUAAAACGUUAAAAGACGGGAGUUGCUGCUACCCUGUUUGGCGUUUGGUGAUUAAAAGGAUAGAGCCUCGUCGAUUUCGCACUGCACAGCCGCUGCUGGGCCCAUGAUCAAUUGGGCAAAGCAAAUUUUCAGAGUAUUUCAUGUUGUAUCUAUUUCAAACAAUAAAAUCUGGAUUUUCUUGCGGUUUCAUAAAGUUGUUACUAAGUUAUACACAACUUUAAACCGACCGGUGACAUUUUUUUGCCCUAAAUGAUGAAUCCCUUUGUUGAAUUGUAGUCGACUGAACACCCAAGAACAUGGACAAUAUUUCCUUUUCAGACCGAUUUCUGUGGCUGAAUAUUAACCAAACGACUUAUUUUUUGAGAGGCUGCUUGAAUACUUUCCAUAACGUACAUGUACAUGUAUGCAUUCUUAUGGAUAAGUUCAACUUGAAACCUAUGACCUGCCGUAUCCACACGUACAUAUAUCUAUGAAUUAAAAGAUGUAUUAAUAAGUCUUGUGUUUUAUCUGGUAUGCUUAGUUACAAUUUCAAAACAGUUUUUUUUUAUUAAAAAAAAAAGAAAGUAAGGAAAGACUUGUCAAUCAGACAAAAUUUCAAGCUUGUUUUCCCUAUUGCUCAGUAAAUACCUAUUGUAAACCAGAAUUAUUCUGCACAUCAUUUUUACAGUUAAGUUUAAAGAUGUAAAACAGUGAUUACUGCUCCUCUUUACUUCAUAAAAGGUAAUUUGCCCUUUUGGGAUUAACUCUGAGGAAUCCAACAUUCCUAGGGCCAAGCAUAUACUCCACAAACAUAUACUCCCCCAAAAGAGCUCAUGUGUGGCAGUUACGUACAGUGCGUCCCACAAAAAUGGAACAAGAUUCCCAUUUUCCCCCCAACAUGGGCAAAUAAUUUACAGUGUUUCAUUUACAUCAUCAUAAAAUUCAGUAUUCUUUUUUUUAUCCCCUACACAAUAUGCAUAGCUUACAUGUAAAUGCGCAUGAAGGUUUUAAAAUGUAUAUGUCCAAACCAAGAAAUCAAGUUGCGCACAAAAUGUUGGUUUUUUGUGGGACACACUGUACUUGAAUAUUUUCAUUGUAUUUUAAUAAUCAGAUGUACAUGUUCUAAUUGAUCUUUCAUGCCCCUAGAUGCCUUCAAAAGACUGCCAGAAGGCACUACUUUUGUACGAGGUUUGUUUGUCUGUAGAAUGUUUUUCAUUCAUUCUGUUGUGUGAGAUGCCUUGCGUUUUACAGACAUGUUAAUACAAGAUUAUUUAUAUCACGUUGAUAGAGUUUCAGAUUAAACGUGAAUUGAUGUUUA